AUGACUCAUCAUCGUUUUAAGCUACUUUUUCAAAAAGGAACCACUGUUAUACCAGAACCAAGUCUCCAAAUUCGUGAUUCUGGGUUCAGUUUUUGUUCAAUGUUCGAAAUACUUGAAAAAAAAUCAGAUUACCAUUAUCUAAUAGACUUUAUAGGAGUUAUCACUUCGGUUCGUCACCAAACGGAAGUUGACUACUAUGGAAAGAAGCUUAAGCUAAUGAUUUUGGAAAUCUAUGCUGAUGGGAAAAAGGUCCAAUGCAACGUGUUCGGAAAAUGCUGUGAUUCUUUGGAUAAUUCCAUUCUGAUGAAAUUCGAAAGACUGCCUGUUAUUGUGCUCCAAUCUUUUAAAAUCAAAGUAUAUGGAGAUGAAGUAUGUCUACAAAAUGUAUUGAAUGUCUCCGAUAUUCUUAUUAAUCCAGAUUUACAAGAAACUGUUAGAUUUCUUGAGAGGCUUGAUGUUGCUUCUUAUCAUUUCUUUAGCUUUAAGAAGAAUAUUCAUGGUUCAUUAGUUUCCUAUAUUAAUCAUGAUUCAUUCGAUUGGAGGCGCAUCCGUACAAUUCAACUAAUUCAACAAAAGAUGGAGAAUGGAUUCUUCUUUGUUGCGGGUAAAAUUAAACAAGUUGUUGGUGAUGGUCAUUGGUGGUCUUUCUCGUGUGUUUGUGGACACAGCGUUCAGAAGCAUUCACAUGACAAUUUCUAUUGUCAAGUUUGUGACAAAAAUAUUGAUAAUGUCAUUGCUAGCUAUAGAGUAAAAAUAAUUGUGGAAGAUAGUACUUCAAGUGGAAUCUUUGUUCUCCUUAAUGCUGCUGCAACUAAAUUAUUUGGAAAAUCUUGCUCUGUCGCUUUGGAUCAGUUUCAGAAAGAGUUGAAUGAUUUUAAUCAUCCAUUGCAUCCUGCUUUUUUUGAGCUUGUUGUUGGAAAAGAAUUAAUUCUCAAAAUUGAGUUCACAGAGUUGAUUAAGGAAGAAUUUGGUGGAAUGUUCAAAGUUAUUACAAUACUGGAUGACAGACAGACAGGUUUAGGGUUGAGUGUUGAUUCACAUAUAAAUGAUACUUUUCAAGCACCUGCGUACACUCCAAUAUGUGAAGCUGAUUUUCAUUAUUCUGAAAUAGAAAAAUAUACAAGUCGAAUUCCAUUUGAUGCUUCUAUUGAUGCUAACAAUAUUGAUGAGAUGUUGCUGGAUUCUAUUUCAACUGGUUUCAAUUGUGCAACUCCCGAUCCAACUAAUACUGAACGUAAAGUUCCUCCCGAACUGGGUAACUAUUUGAUUCAAAGGAAGAUGGUUUUCAUGAUUGAUCCUCGACCUCUGGGGUAUCAGUAUAACACAAGUGUGUAUAUGGUUCAUCGAAUUUGUGAUGAUAUGUCAUUGGUUAAUCUUUUUGAAGCUGCUGCUUCCAUGCAUGAUAAAAAGAGAGGUUUGAUUCAGAAUAAGUUCCCUGAUAGUAUUACUAAAAAUGAAAAAGCUGAGAGCUCAUCCUCACGUUUGCUAACAAUGGAUGAUUUUCAAAACUUAUAUCAAGUGGUGGAUAUCAAAGAAUACUUCAUGGAUAUUGGCUGUCUAUCAGAAGCAACUGUUAACAUGGAAAAAAAGAUGGAUGAUUCUUUGUUGGAUGAAGAAGUAGAUUGUGCUAGCAGCAUGGCUUUACCAGAUUCGUCUUCUUAUGGUGUAGCUGAACAUGAACUUCAAAAUGCAUUUAAAAUAUGCAUGCAGCAUCAAUCUGAUCCGACGUCAAUGCGUUAA